GACUUAGCGCUAACUUUAUCUCAAUCUGGACUCAAUCGUUAACGCUUCGCCCUGUUAUGAAUUCGCGACAAAACAAAUUUUAAUAAUCUAUUGUGUAAUUGGAAUCUUUUCGCAAAAAGAAAAACAAAUUAUGAAGUGCUACGUGAAAUAUAAAGACUCAUCACGUGAUAUAUGAUCAAAUUUUGUACAAGCAGAGUGAUAUUUCGAUUUCGAUUAAUGUCCUAAGUUUAUAUUCUACUUAACUUUUCGCGACAUUAAAAUUAUGUAGCGAUGAAGUGUCGUUUUAGUCUUACGUCUCAGACAAUCUUUCGAGAGUGAUUCAGAUUUAAUAAAAUAUUUUUUUAUCGCUAUGGAAUUUUCGUGGACACUUCAACAUCAAUCUAACGAUCAAAAUGGACGAAAUCAUCCGAACGAUCAUCAUGAAGAUGCUAACAUUAUCAAUCAAGUUAGCGCUCGCCGAUUGCUCAGCGUGGCAGGUCGUGGUGACUUCGUUGGAGGGAUAGACAAUGAAGCCUUGGAUUUUUCGCAGUUGGAGGACUUUAUCAAUAGUGAUAGUGAACAACCUGCAACGUAUUUCGCGGACACUCUCGCCCACAACGAAAAUGGAGGUGGAGCGGUGUCUCACGGUGGCCGGAUCGAGGCACCCACGUCGCAACCGGUCGCCCAACAGCAGCCACCACCGCGACUACCUUCGCCGCAGAUGACGCAGGCUCAUCCAGUCUCGAUAGUGUGCGCUUCCGGUACCACGACGGUACCCAACAGCGGCGGCUACAAAGAUCCGCAGACGUAUGCGCAUCCACACGCGCUACCGGAAAGCCCACCGGAUAGCGGAAGUGAGCCACCGUAUUCACCGCCGGGACAUAAUGACACUCAACACGUACACUCGCCACAUCAAAAAGCGGCUUUACAAGAGAUACUUUUGCAUCAUCAGAACAAUCAAUAUCCUCCUAACUUGCUACCACCUUCUCCGAGAGCAUUACCUGCAACAACGACCGAUCCUCUAUUGUUAACGCCAGUCCUGACAUCCCACCUUACGUCGGGAACAUCGAAUCUUUCGACACAGCCCCAGAUAGGACCGCCUUUAGUGCCGUUAUCGCACGAACAUAGUCCGGCUGCUAUUAAUACGUUAUAUUCCUCUCUGCAAUCGGCUCCAAAAAAGAGGAAACUCAGCCAAGAUGGUCUUAUUCACGUCAAACAGGAACCUGAAUUGGGUACCGUGGAGCACAGUUGCAGCAGCAGUAGCGCGGUAUUGGAUAGCGACGAAGUCGCUGAUAGCAAUUACAUCGAUGCUAGUUAUCAGUGUAUUCGGUUCCAUCCAUUCCAACAGACAUCCUGGCACGUUCUUUGCGAUCAUAAUCUCAAAGAAUUACCAGUGCCACAUUAUAGGGUGGAUGCCGACAAAGGAUUUAAUUUUAGUAAUUCGGAUGAUGCAUUUGUUUGUCAGAAGAAGAAUCAUUUUCAGAUAACAUGUCACGCCCAGCUUCAAGGGGAGGCCGUAUUUGUUAGGACUGGCGAAGGUUUAAAAAAGAUUAGCGGUUUUCAAUUACAUUUCUAUGGAGUUAAAGUGGAAUCUCCAUCGCAAACAAUCAGAGUUGAACAGAGUCAAAGCGACAGAAGCAAGAAACCGUUUCAUCCUGUAACAUGUCCUUACAGAGUCGAAUUAGGCGGCGAACGUGUUACGAAAGUGACAGUCGGCCGUUUGCACUUUAGCGAAACUACAAGCAAUAAUAUGCGUAAGAAGGGAAAACCGAAUCCGGAUCAGAGGUAUUUUCACUUGGUCGUCGGAUUACACGCUCAUACUUCAGACCAAGCCAGUUAUCAAGUAGUAGCUCACGCAUCGGAACGUAUAAUUGUCAGAGCGAGUAAUCCAGGACAAUUUGAAUCAGAAGGCACUGGGGUAGGUGCUGAAGGUGGAUGGCAAAGAGGAGCAGCUCCAGACAGCGUCUAUCAUGCCGGUAGAGUUGGAAUUAAUACAGAUAGACCGGACGAAGCUCUUGUUGUACACGGCAAUAUGAAAGUAACCGGUCAUAUCGUUCAACCUAGCGAUGUAAGGGCAAAGCAAAGCGUUCAAGAGAUAGACACGCGCGAGCAGUUACGAAAUGUACAACAACUACGCGUUGUUCGUUAUCGAUAUGCUCCAGAAUUCGCGCAACAUUCUGGUCUGGAUAUCAAACAGGAAGAUACUGGCGUUAUAGCGCAAGAAGUUCAACAAAUUCUGCCGGAAGCAGUGCUACCAGCAGGUGAUAUAGUUCUGCCAAAUGGUCAAAGAAUUGAAAAUUUCUUGGUGGUAAAUAAAGAGAGAAUAUUUAUGGAGAAUGUUGGUGCCGUUAAGGAAUUAUGUAAGGUGACAGACAAUCUAGAAACGAGAAUAGAUCAAUUAGAGAGAAUAAAUAAACGACUAGCGAAAUUGAAAAGGGGUGAUAGUCUAAAAAGUUCCAUCAGUACAGUAUCUAGUAUAUCAAGCAAUAAAUAUUCAUCAUCUAUCAAUAAGUCGCCUUUGCACGGAAAGGCAAAAAGAUUCGAAAGAGAGGAAGAACUUCUCUGUAGUAAUAAAUUUAUUCAAAUUAUCAUUGUUAUACUUAUUCUUAUUAUGGCAUUUUGUUUAGUUGCAAUGGCAACAUUAUAUUUCUUAGAAUAUCAAAAACGCAGUAGCGUUGAAUGGUCUGCCAUGGCAAGCAAUGGAAUGUUGGCUAUUGGACCGGCUCAUCCACCGACAAUGUCUACCACUUCUAAUUACGAGCAGCGAUAUAAUUCGUUGUUACAUAGCACAUUAUCCCCUUUAUAUACGAAACAAGGAUCUUACACAAGAGAAUUAGAUGGAGGAUUAUCUGUUAAGAGUAACUCCUUUACCACGCCACCUCCGCAUACGAAACAACAAUUAUAUUCUCAGGAAAUAACGUGGUAUCCAAUGAGCCAUCCGGGUCCCCAACCUAAACAUGAAAAAAAUAAUGAAUUUCCGGGAAAUUGGCUUAGUAGAAAUGGCGCGGGUGCCGUUCCUAGUAAUGUAGAUGAAAACGAUCAAGGCUCAGAUGUAGAUUCUUUAUUUGCUAAUAAAGGCCCAAUCCCUUUAGGAAGACCUGAAGAAUGUCCUGCACAUUUUACCGAGCUUGAAAGUCCAUGUCAGAUAUAUUGUUGUACAGCUGAAAUUCAUCAACUGGAAGAUCCUCACCCUGAUCAUCCACCAGAGAAGAAAUCUAUUUCAGAUCAUUUGGAACAGCCACUAAGUAUGCCACAUGAAGAGAAACGAAAAUUAAGUAAGGGUUUCCAAAAUGGUAUUAGUCCAUCUGAUCCUAGCACUCAAACUCUUGUGAAAGAGACCAAUUACAAGUAUUUACAUAAACGGGCAAGGCGGGAAACUGGUGGUGGAGAUUGGGGAGAAGUCGCUAGCAAUGCCGCAGGAUCAUUACCACCAGAGCCUAAACCGCAAUUAUUUGUAGUAGCAAAGAAUUUCAACACCUCUUUGGAUCAAAGAUAUUGCUCCCCAUCAUCACCAGAUACACCCAACAACAUCAGUUGCAUUGUACCCUUGUCGAAACAUAUGCCAGACACGCAUUUAACGUUACAUUUUGUCGGUAUACCAUGGUAUUGGCAAAUUGUGCAGCAGUGUCCCUUUUCACCAAAUUCUGGUAUGGAUGAAACAAUCGUAUGCGGUUGGAGCUAUAUUGUGCAGCAACAAACUCAGUAUAUUGAAAAUAAUAAUCAACCGGGUGAUCAGUCCUUUGCUCUUGAUGUUGCUCACUAUCUUAGGAAGACUUUAAAGUUUCGCAUACCUACAAUACAACCUCAAGAGAAUAUUUGUAAAAGUAAGCAUGGCGUCGACUAUUUGGAAUUUACAUUGCACUUUUAUCGAGACUGUGAAGAACAAUGAAUCUUCUCUUCUUGUACAGCGCGCUUUAUAAGAAGCUUGAUAAUAAGAGUAAUGGAAAUCAUCGAGGCAACUAUAUGUUUUAAUAUUUUUGUUUGCUAUAUUAUUUGUUUAUAUUAAACGAUUGUGCGAGUUCCU